AAAUAUAGAAGAAAAUAAUGUUAAGUAAUUUUCAUAAAUUAAACUUAAGACAAUUAAGUUUACUCGGGCGUGCAUUUAACAAUGUAGAGGCCCAUUACAGUACACAACCGAAUUAUCAAAAUAUUUUCGAUAGGAAUUCUAAAAGGCUACAAAAGGAAAGAGCUGCAAAAAGUGACGAUGUCGAGUUGUAUGAUUACCUCAAAGAGGAGGUCGGUUACAGAGUGGCCGACCGAGUAUUUGAUAUAAAAAGGGAAUUUGAUAAUGCAGCAGAUUUAGGUUGCAACCGCGGUUUCUUAUCUCGUCACAUUUUGGCAGAGAGUGUAAAACAUUUAACACUAUGUGAUAUCAGUCCAACUAUGCUUGCUCAGGCAAAAGGAACGCCUGGUUUACAAAUUACAAAAAUGGAAUUAGAUGAAGAACAAUGGAACUUCCCGGAAAAUUCCUUGGAUUUAGUAAUUUCUUCUUUAAGUCUUCAUUGGGUCAACGAUUUGCCAGGCUGUUUUAGUAAAGUUAUAAAGAGUUUAAAACCUGAUGGAGUAUUUAUUGCUUCAAUGUUUGGAGGGGAUACUCUUUAUGAAUUGAGAUCUUCAUUACAACUGGCUGAGUUAGAAAGAAAAGGUGGAAUAGCUCCUCAUAUAUCACCCUUUACUCAGAUACGAGAUAUUGGUUCAUUGCUUAAUCGCGCAGGUUAUACCAUGCUAACCAUAGACACUGAUGAGAUUGUCAUAGGGUAUCCUACUAUGUUUGAACUUAUGUGGGACCUUAAGGGUAUGGCAGAAAAUAAUGCAGCGUUUAACAGACCAAUACACUUAAGUAGAGACACCAUGAUGGCUGCCAGUGCCAUCUACAAGGAAAUGUACCAAACGGACAAUGGCGUUCCAGCCACAUUUCAGAUCAUUUAUUUUGUCGGUUGGAAACCGGGACCUAACCAACCGACUCCACUUCCAAGAGGCUCUAGUGAUGUAUCAUUAAAGGAUCUGGGUAAAAUGAUAGAAAAUAGUGGAAAUAAAACAACAAAAAAAUCACGUCAAUAGCGAAAAAGAUUUAAACAAGACUGUUGGAAAUAAAAUAACAUACCUUUUUUUCUUGGAUGCUUAACUUAAAUACAACAGUUUUCAUGAUUAAAUACAAAAAUGUGGUUCUUGUACUUCGCGUGUCAAGUUGACACUGUCAUCAUCAAAAAAAAAAAAAAAUUUUUUUUAUUGUAUAGG